AUGCCGAUCAGGCUGAUUGAUACCACAACCCUCCGGAUGAAGGUCUUCUUGGGGGCCAAGAUCCCAGCAUAUGCAAUACUCUCCCAUACCUGGGUCGAGGACGAGGAGGUCGAUUUUCUGGAAAUGAAUGCGAUUCUGCGCGAUCCCCAACAUCCAGCCACCGAUAAGUCUGGUUAUGAAAAGAUCAGAGCGACGUGUAGGGAAGCGAAGCGACAUGGUAUUUCUUAUGCCUGGGUUGAUACCUGCUCUAUCGACAAGAGUAGCAGCGCUGAACUGACUGAGGCUAUUAAUUCCAUGUUUGCGUGGUAUCGAAACGCGGAAGUCUGCUUUGUGUUCCUCAGUGAUGUUGGGCCAGACUCGAACAUCCUUACCACGUUGCAGCAUUGCCGGUGGAUGACCCGAGGCUGGACCCUGCAAGAGCUGAUUGCGCCACGCGAUCUCAGGUUUUACAACUCUGCAUGGGAGCACGUAGGGAGCAAGAUGUCACUGAAACAGCAGAUUCGCGAUACCACUGCGAUCAAUGACGAAGUGCUGGAGGAUUGCGACGCCUUACAAGAUGUCCCGGUAGCUCGAAGGAUGGCAUGGGCGUCUCGACGAGAGACCACUCGAGUGGAGGACAUUGCUUACUGCCUAUUGGGAAUCUUCGACGUCAACAUGCCGCUUCUUUACGGUGAAGGAGACAAAGCGUUCAUCCGACUCCAAGAAGAAAUCAUCCGACGCUCGGACGAUCUGUCGAUCUUUUGCAAUCUCCCAGGGUUCGAGUCGCUGGACCAACCUCCUCGACCUUCCACUGGCACCGGCGACACUCGUUGUUUAGAAAGGUAUCAAGAUCUCUUUGCAACAUCGCCCAAGGAUUUCUCGGUAUGUUACGACAUCUCUAGGGGUGAAUGGAGUGGUUUGAUCCAUACUUUCUCAUCCACCAAUGUAGGUGUACGCUUUGAGAACGUGAGGAUUCAUGUAGCGCACACUGUAAGUAAUCUAGAGAGACGGUCUUUCUACAUCCUGCCCCUAGGACACAUGUCGCCACACAUUUCUUGUACUUUGCUCCUCGAGAAGAUUGGACCCAAGUACUUUGUCAGGCGCAAUCAUUUCAGCGCUACAAAUCAAUUGCGCUUCGAGAUGACAUGGGCAAUGCCUGGAGAACCUCAAGAUUUGCACAUAGUCAGCAAGCUGACGCCAGCCAUUUACCGGCAAAUACACAGCGUUAAUCGCUACGGCAUCGAGAUAAAAAUCCGGGGAAAUACACGUGGACCUGCCCUUAGCCACGAGCGGCUAUAUGGUACUAUAGAAAAGGCAAUGCCAGAAGAUAGUUGGGAUGCUAUCGGCGAGAGAUUUCUGGUCACAAUGUCUGCUUUCAGAGGCUACGUGAAGGUAAGGACGGGGGCAGCAAACAAAAUAAGGGACGGGGUGAGGGUCAGUUACCAGCAAUGGUUUCUUGGGCUCAAGCAGGAUUCUAGAUUAGGACGAACUAACUUCAGAGGCCCUUUGCUGAAAUUUCUGCAAUUCCCUGACCUCGCGCAGGAGGAUGAAGAACAAGUGGCUUGGGAUGCCAUGCAAGAGUAUGGUUUUGACUACGCUCCCUGCCAAUUGUUUCUCCAAGCACUAGACGCGGUCUUGCAGGCCCGAGUGGAAAGGGUGCAAGAGGUCGGGGACACUCGCUUCCGGGUGGUUGUAGACUGCGAUUACGCCAGCUCUCGCAGCCAACGUAGGUUCAAAUGA